UGUACAUGUGUGUACAUCCGUGCGUGAUCCGUGGAGGUUCACGAUGGAUUACGUGCAGAUAAAGGAUAUCCGUGCGGGCCAGAAAAACAUCAACGUAGUGUUUAUCGUUUUGGAGGUUAGCCAUCCUACCAUCACCAAAGAGAACCGCGAAGUUCGAACGUUCAAAGUGGCUGACAGCACUGCCUGUAUGAACGUCUCCAUCUGGGACGAACCCGGCCAGCUCCUGAUGCCAGGCGAUAUUGUGCGACUCACCAAAGGCUACGCAUCCGUCUGGCGACAAUGCUUGACUUUGUACUCGGGCAAGAACGGGGAUAUUCAGAAGAUAGGCGAAUUCUGUAUGGUGAUCAACGAGCAGGUGAACAUGAGCGAUCCGAAUCCUCUACUAGUGCAACAGCUGGUCAAUCAAAGCGGUUCGGGUCCACCUGGCAAUGUGAACAACAGUAUCACUAAUAAUGGCAACGCCAAUAAUAUCUCGGGUCAAUCAGGACGGCCACUGGUACAUAAAUCAUUAAGACGCCACCCGCGAUGUUUCCGUCGGCAGGAAUCAGCGCACCAAGUCAAAGUAACACAACAACUCCUGGUAGCGGAUCUACGGCGAGUUCGACAACCGCGAAGAGCGGAAACGGUGGUGGCGGCAACGGCAAUACCACAAGUGGCAGUGGAAGUGGCGGCGGUACCAGCAGCAGCGGUAACAGCAGCGGUAGUGGAUCAGCAGGUCUCUCCGGUGGCUCGGUGCGAUACUCCUCAUCAGAUUCGACGGCGAAAUCGACGCCGACGGCGAAAAGCAACUCACGCGGACGCGGCGGCUAUAGGAACGGUAGUCGUAGCGACCGGAGAUAACACACGAGAAAGAAACGACUCAUCAUAUGCGUGUAAAGCGAAUAAAUGAGUGAACUGAUGUACGCGACAGAUCUGUGCGACUGUGUAAUAUAUUGUUUUUUUUCUUUUUUAACCAUUUUUUAAGUUUUAGUUUCCGACGUGCGUUUUGUUAAGCUAGGAAACUACUUACAGAAGCAGCGGCUGACUGUCCCUCAUGAGGUAUACUCUGAAAAUGAGUAUGCGAAAUUUUAUUCGUUUGAUGUGCACUCGAUUCUAUCUUCUCAUUCCGAGCGAUUCCAUCAUUGCGAUAUUUCAAACGUUAUUUAAAGUCUCAACUGUUUCAAAAAUAUUUGAAAAAAGUUUUUUUCUUUAUCAAAAGAAAUGACAAUCUUAAUAAAUGCAAAAGUCUUGACAUUUUCGAUAGCAUUUAAGGCCAAAAAUAAUUAAAACUUCUCGCAAAACAGUCAAAAUUAUAUGAUGCAUCGCGCAAAAUAUGUUUAUGAUAUUGUAUAUAAAUAAAAAUAGAUAUAAAUUAGUUUUUAUAUUAACUCUUAAACUACACUGGGAGACUCUAUAUGAAAGUAGGGUGUUAAAAAAUUGUCACUUUUGAUCCCCAAGGCACUCCUAAAUAAAUCUUCAAAAAUCAUUGUUUAGGUCUUCAAAUAACAAAAAAGGCAAUCAUUUGUCCGAGAAGCGGUAGGAACAUUGUAAGAAUAGCUUAAAUAUAGAAAAUGACAUUAACCACAUGUACAAUUAAUUAAAAACUUUAACACUUUUUUAACACCCUCCUUAUCAUCACUUCCUAUGUGAUGAAGGGGAAAUGAGAUAGAAGAUUCAGGUUAGGGAAGAACGAAGAGAAAAUAUGAAAUCUACUAUCGAACGCAUUGAUCAGCUUUAGAGUUCAACUAGUUUCAAACGAUGCGGAAAUAAAGUUUUUUUUGUAUAUUUUCAUUCUUAUAUAAUUAUAAUUUUGAAAAGAAUAACAGUGCUAUAACUUUUUAAAAUAGUACUACUCUUUAGCUUUAAAACGUCAAAAUAUAAAGUUCUUAAUAGUUUUUUUUGUUGCUAAGAUAUGUUGUGAUGAUUUGAUUAAAAAUAAAUUUCUUACAAAUUUUUAUUUUUA